AUGUAUUCAUCUACAUUUAUUUUUGCUCUUGCCGUUAUUGCAAUUGCCACUGCUCUCCCUAGUGCUGGAAAUAUUGGAGUAGGAGGACUACUUGGAGAAACUGAUGGAAACAUUGGAGAUGUACUUGAUGUAGCCAACGGCCUUGGUAAUAUAAUCGGAGAUUCGGAAGGAUGCAUCUGCGGAAUUAUUGAAAAUCUUCUUGGAGGGGACCAAAAUGCAACCAAAGGUCUUUUGAAAGUUCUUGAUUUGAAUUUAAACAAGUUGCAAGAUGACCUUCUUGGAAAUAGCUCUGCUCUUGUUGGUCUUCUAACCAAUUUCAUUGGAAAAAUCCCAGAAGAAGUUCUUCCGGAAGUUAAAUCUCUUCUUGCAAAAGCAAAUGAAAUCGAGAUUGAUGAACUAAUUUCGAAACUUAAUGAACUUGUUCCACAAGUGAAGAUUGGUAAUCUUCUCAAAAAAUUGAUUUCCGAAGUGUCAAAACUCAUUAAAAAUCUUCUCAAAAAAGUUGGAAAAAUUAUCAAAAAAGUGGGAGCCGUCUUUGAAAAGUUGACGAAAAUUAUUAAAAACACAACCAAAACUAUUGAGGAGAAAAAUGAGGAAAUUCAAAAAUUGAAAGACCAAAACGAAAUUGAAUUCAAUGUUAUAAUUUUCAUUGUUUCUCAAAUUGAUGUAGAUCUUCAAGUUGAAAAUGGAGGAAUUGUUCCACCAAUCUCUGUUUCAGUUGAUCCAAUCCCAAUUAAUGCUUAA